AUGAUGUUGUCAAUAAAGGAGGAUGGAUUGUUGGUGGUACUUUUAUUGUCAUUCGGUGUGACGACAGUUUUGGUGCGCUGUGAAGAACCCGCAAAUAUGGAAUCUGAGGUACAAGCGCCCAAUUUAUUGGGAGGAUGGCAGGAACGCAAUCCGGAAGAGAAAGAAAUACAGGACCUGUUGCCAAAGGUAUUAAUUAAACUAAAUCAGCUGUCAAACGUGGAGUACCACCUAAUGCCAAUCAAAUUACUGAAAGUUUCAUCUCAAGUUGUGGCUGGUUUGAGAUACAAGAUGGAAAUACAGGUUGCUCAAUCAGAAUGCAAAAAAAGUUCAGGCGAGGAAGUUAAUCUGAAAACAUGUAAAAGAUUGGAAGGACAUCCGGAUCAGGAGUACUUGCAAAUACAAUGUGCGCGUUUGCACAGUGCAACGGAUUUUGUAGAUUGGAAUAAAGUGGGACAUGUUGCCAUCGGUGUUCAAUAG